AUGAAUCGCGGGGAUUGCCUCCUGCUCAUCCAGCGCUGCAACGAUCGGGAAUCGGCGAGACAGAUCCACGCCCGUGUCGAUCAGUACCACCGCGCCGGCGAUGGAUUCGUGUGUAACAAGCUCAUCGACAUGUACGCGCGGUGUGGGAGCGCGGCCGACGCCCGGGCGGUGUUUGAUUCGAUGAGCAGCGGCACCAGGGAUGGAUUCUCGUGGGUAAGCAUGCUGUGCGCCUACUCCAGGAGCCGCCAGAUCGCCAGGGCGAGGGCAUUCUUCGACGAGGAGAUCCCUCCCUGGGCCAAGAACAUGGCGGCAUGGAAUGCGAUGCUGGCCGCGUAUUGCCAGGCCGGGGAUCUGGAAGAAUCGUGGCGCUUCUUCGCGGCGGCGCCGGGCUGGAACCAGAUCUCCUUCAAUGCGCUCCUCUCGGCGCAUGGGCACGAUCACAUCCGCGAGAGCAAGCAGCUCUUCGACACGGGGACGCCAAGCUGGGAUCUCGUCUCCUGGAACACGAUGCUGGCGGCGCUGGCACAGGCCGGGGAUCUGGAAACUCUCCAGCGGCUCUUCGACGCGAUGCCCGAGUGGGAUCUAAUCUCCCACAACGCGAUGCUCCUGGGGCUCACGCAGCACGGUAAGCUCAACGACGCUCGACGCUUCCUGGACGCGAUGCCGCAGAGAAAUCUCGUCUCCUUCACGACACUACUGCGAGCUUACAACAGUUCCCAGUGGCAAUCCCAGUCUCGGCAGGAAGAACAGGCCAUGGAUGUGGAGCUCUUGCUCCGGCGAAUGCCCGAGCACAACUUGGUCUCCUCCACAGCCAUGAUCGGGGUGUAUGCCCGAGUCGGCGACUGCGCUAGCGCCGAGAAGAUCUUCCACUCGAUGCACCAGCACGACACGGUAGCCUUGAACGCGAUGCUCUCAGCGUAUGCCCAGACCGGGUUUAUCGAUCGAGCCAACGCCAUCUUCGACUCUAUGCCGCAGCACGACAUGGUGUCAUGGAACUCUCUCCUCUCGGCCUACACGCACAACGCCAGCGAUCUCUCCAAGGCCAGGGCGCUGUUCCAACGAAUGCCGGAGAGGAACCUCGUCUCCUGGAACGCGCUCCUCACUGCGAGCUCCCAGCACGGCUCUCUCGACGAGACCAAGAGAGCUUUCGACUCGAUGCUGGCCUGGGACUCCAUCUCCUCCAACGCGAUGCUGCUAGCCUAUGUCCGGAGCGGCCACACCGACGAGGCCGCCACCUUCUUCCGGAGCCUGCCUUGCCGCGACCUCGUCUCCUCCACGAACGUCCUCGUCGCGUAUGCCGAGAACGGGGUGCUCGACAAGACGAAGCGGCUCUUCGAGGAGAUGCCCGAGUGGGACUCGGUGUGCUUGACGGCCAUGCUCGUCGCGUACGCGCACAAGGGGUACCUCGAGCACGCCAGGCAGCUGCUGGAUGGAUUUCUGCGAGACGACGUUGUGGCUUCGGUGGCGAUGCUCGUCGCUUACGCCCAGCACCGGCACUUGGAGCACUCGAAGCAAGUGUUUGGUUCGCUGCUCAUCCGGAACUUGGUCAGCUGGAACGCGAUGCUCGCGGGGUAUGUCAUCAACGGGGAGAUCUCUCGGGCGAUUCACUUCUUGGGCUCCAUGCCCGAGUCGGACAUCAUCUCCUGGACGACGCUCCUCGCGGCCUACGCUCACAGCGGCCAGUUCUACGAGGCGGUCCUUCUCUUUGACACGAUCAAGAUGGUGGAGCUCCCGGACGAGUCGUGCUUCGUCUCGGUGCUGGUUGCGUGUAGCCACGCGGGAGAGGUGGCUGCCGGAGUCGCGAGCUUCGUUUCGAUGAGCAGCGACUUUGCGAUCCGGCCGAGCAAGCACCACUUUUGCUGCAUGGUCGAUCUUCUGGCGAGAUCGGGUCACUUGGUCGAAGCCCAAGAUCUGAUCGCCAGCAUGCCUUUCACGACGAGUGCCGAGGAAUCCAAGCGACUUCUAGGAUCAUGUACAACUUCUUCGAAUAUGAAUGAUAUUAGAAGUAAAGUCUCCAUGGCCAGCAGCUCUAGCGUCUCCACUCCAGUCAUGGAUCCAGCUUUCUACGUGCUUCUCUCAAACAUGUUGUCAUCUACAUAG